AUGGCUAGCAAAGAAAUCUCAAGCAUCCACAUCAUGAUAUCAAAACUUACCCUUACGAGCCUCUUUGAUAUCAUGAAGAAGUACCACAUUGAUUUCGAAUUUCACCCGCGUUUUCCCGAGCCUGAGGAUGCCAUUGUUGAUGCUCAGGAAUGGUUCAUUGGUGUGUAUCGAGUUUUCUUUAAAUUAGGCAUACGAUUUUCGGAUUUCAACUUCUUAAAGACAAUCUUGGCCUACUAUCAUUUUCAUAUUGCUCAUAUUACUCCAAACGCCUUACGAAAAAUCAUUUGCUUUGCAAUGCUGUGUUUUUCUCUAGACGUGAUGCCUUUUAUCGCCAUAUUAUGCCACUUCUAUGUUACUAUGUCCAAUCGUGAUUAG